GCAGAAGAGCAUGCCACCAGGGGGAAACCAUGCACUAAGGAGGUGGCCAGUGGCUACUCCAGAGGUGGUGCCCAGCAGACAGGGGAAGAGGAGAAGAGAGGCCUUAGAGGUGAAGAGGGAGAAGUAGGAGGCAGAUUCCACCUGCAGGGUAGCAUCAAGGGGCAGUCGCCGGACCAGGAGGCACCUCAGCCUGGCAGUUCCACCCAGACCAGGGAGCAGAUCGGAGCCCAGGACUGAGCUACCUCAUCAGCUGAAGAUGUCUAUCCAUGACCGGGGCUAAGUUUCCUCGGAAAACAGGAAGUGCACCCAGCCACCCCAACAUGCAAAUGCGAUGUGCAGGGGGUCUCGCAGUGCCAGCUGAUGGGGAGAUGGCUGAUGCCCAGAACAUUUCGCUGGACAACCCAGGAAAUGUGGGGGCCGUGGCAGUGCCUGUGGUCUUUGCCCUCAUCUUUCUGCUGGGCACAGUGGGCAAUGGACUGGUGUUGGCGGUGCUGCUUCAGCCUGGCCCAAGCGCGUGGCAGGAGCCGGGCAGCACCACAGAUCUGUUCAUCCUCAACCUGGCAGUGGCCGACCUCUGCUUCAUCCUGUGCUGCGUGCCCUUCCAGGCUGCCAUCUACACGCUGGACGCCUGGCUCUUCGGGGCCCUUGUCUGCAAAGCCGUGCACCUGCUCAUCUACCUCACCAUGUACGCCAGCAGCUUCACACUGGCUGCUGUCUCGGUGGACAGGUGUGCUGGGCCCAGCUGGGGAGGGAAGAGCUGGACGCAUCCCUUAGAAGGGCAGGUGGGAGGCAGGGAAGGAAAGCUCCCUGGGCCCCUGGGCUCCAUCGGACAUGCAUACAGGGGCCAUCCUGCCCACUAUCAGAUUCCAGAGGGCACCUCUGUGUCCCAGUCACCACACCACCUGGCACACAGUAGGUGCUCGGUAAGUAUAAAAUGAACGCAAAAAAACAAAACAAAAAAAACCCCAUAACCCAUUGAUCAGAUAUUUUAUGACGGCCCUCACCUGGUCCAGGCUGUGCCCACAUCUACUUCCAUGGCUAGAAACGGUGUCCGACCCAGGCUCACUCCCCAGCUCAUGACCGGGGCGAGUCGCCUGCCUCUGAGCCUCGCUGCUUGGCUCCCAUUGGAAAAAUGUUGGUGAACAACAUCUAACAGCCAUUCAGCCCUUGCCAGUGCCCCGAAG